AUGGCCCUUCCUAUGCCCGAGCCUACUGUGCCACCGCUGCCACUUCUCGAUUACAAAGUUCUCUCUUUUGACGUGUACGGCAGCUUGAUUGAAUAUAAAGCCCACAUUCUAGACUCAUUCCAACCCCUCCUCUCUCGUCUCCCAGCUUCAUCGCCCUUUCUCAAUUCCACGCCUCUUACUACCACCGUUCCCGACUCCGCCUCUGUGGGGUCUAUUGAAUUCCUGAAGCUUUUUCAGCGCCAAGAAGACGCCAUUAAGCUAGAGAAACCCGUCAGACGAUUUGAUGAGAUUCUGGUCGAGAUAUGGAGGCGCAUUGCUAAGGAAUUGAGCGUGGAGAGUAGCGAUGAUGAAGCCAAGCGCUUUGGAAGCGAGGCUGUCAUCUCUGGAUGGCCGACGUUCCCGGGAACCUUGGACGCGCUGAAGAGACUGAGUAAGCACUAUAGGCUUGUGGCUCUCUCGAAUAUCGAUCGAUUCGCUUGGAACAUUACUGCAAACUCGACGUCAAGUCGCCUUGGAGAGGUGAGCUGGUGGAAAAUCUUCACUGCAGAGGACUUUGGCGACGACGCAACCCGCGCGGAUGACGCAAAACUGGAGACCCUGAUCCAAUACUGCACCGACAAUGACGUGAAAAGAGAGCAAAUCCUGCAUGUCGCACAAAGUCUUGGUCAUGAUCAAGCCCCUGCAAAGCGGCUAGGACUAAGCUCUGUGUGGUUGAUCGGAGAUGGGCCAAGAUGGGGGAAAGAGGCGGAAAGUAAGAUGGCGCUCGAAAAGAAGCUAGUUGGCUACGCAUGGAGGUUCCAGAAUCUCAGAGAAUUUGCAGAUGAGGUAGAGAGGGUGGCAGGGAGUUAA